AUGACAUUGUUGGACGCAAUAACAAAUUUGUGGGCUUGGAGUCCGUUUGAUUGGGGAAAUCAAGUGGAAACCAUUCGGAAGACUUCGAUGUCCCAAAAAAAGUCUGGAAACUUUGAACAAAAUAUUAAAACAGUAUUGUCCUGGGUUGUUGUUUCAAGAGUUGCGAUUGCUCAUAUUUAUAUCUUCACACAUGUCUUGAAUCUUUGCUCUAUAUUGAUGUGGUCUCAGAGAAGAAUGUUAUUACCCUGGAUGGUAAUAAGCGCCUUUAAAAAUUUUAUCCUCGAGGUUAUUGUUUUUAUAGUCGUCGUACUGCUUUACAUUGAAGGAAAUAUUUCCGAUUAUUUACUCGGUGGUAUUGUUAUCGAAAAAUUGAUAUCAGUAGGUUUAGCAGCCCAAAAUUGGUUUACAAUAAACGCUUUCUACAUGAGACUCAAGGAGUUGGAUCAAAAGAAGCUAAGUAGAAUGAGCCAGCGUAAGGCAUCAACUUUCAACCUAAUGAUUGGAAUGUCUAUGAGACAUUCCCUCACACUUGAUGAACCUGACCAAUACACCAAAAAGCGACAAAGGUUCAUCAGUGUUCCAAACUUUGAAAGCUUACCAGUAAAUUCUCCCACAGAAUUUGGAGAAGAGACUAAUAGUAUCAGAAUCUCCAGGUCUUUGAACACCAUUUCGAUGUUAUCGAUUCGAUAUUUUGAUCACAAAGAUAAUAUCUUCAACGCUGAUGGUUUUCGUCUUCCUAUUUCUGAAAGAGUCAUAAUGAUCCUUGGUGUUCCUUUUGAUUACGUUGAGAAAGUGAGGCUUAGUAGCUCGAUUGGUCAAACUAGUACGUAUCCACCAAUUACCAAGAUCCAAGAAGAAAACAGCAGUCUUUCCUGUACUUGUCCUUCAGAUGGUCAAAAUUCUGAUGAAAGUGAUUCGAAAGAGUCCGAAAAGGUUGAAUCUUUUGAAAACUAUUCAAGUUGGACUGAGCAGUGGACUAUGACAAACUUUUUUGAGAACCAAAAGUCUGAAAUUGAUAAAGCUUCUUUGACGGAAAAAUCUAUUAAGUAUUCAGAAGGAAGUGAAUUAGGUAGUGGUUUUUAUGAAGAAAGCCUCUGUAAUUUAGAAACCAAAGCUUCUGAGGCGACUUAUUUGAUUCGGAACAGCAUUAGAGUCCAAGAAAACGCGCAAAACGUGUCAAUGAAGCCAAUUAUCAGCGAAGUGGUCGAAGCUACUGAAGAAGAUAAAACUAUCUUUGAAACUUGGAUCCGGGAUUUGGUUUAUGUUGAAAUUCUUAAGAAAGAAGUUGGUUUGUUUGAAGAUUCUGAGAGGAAAUCUGUUCUGAAGGAUACUGGAACGAAUUCCAGAAGCUCGACAGUGCAGAAGCAAACACAGACUGAAGUUCCGAAAUGGAAGAAUGUAAAUCAAGUAAAUUUUGUUACUGUUCAAAAUUUGACGCUACCACGCGGUCCUGUAAGUGGUUGGGAUGAAUAUGGCGAAGGUUUGAAGUUAAAGAAGAGUUUUGAGAAAGUAAAGAAGGAAAACAGAGAACUUGAGGCUUUGAAGCUGUACAAUGAAAAAACGCUCUGGAGGUACAAGAGGUUGAUGGAUUUGGAAAGAUUGAAGCCAGUUCCGCUAGAUAUGCUUUUAAAGGAUGAAAAGAAGAAUGUAAAAGUACCAAAUUUGAAUAUCAAGCUGUCGCAUAGGAAAGAUUUGCAAAAAGGACGUGAAUUAGACAAAGUAAAAGCUGUAGAAAAUAUUCCCGCUUCAUUUGCUAGUGAAAAGCUUUUACCUGAGAAGAAAUUUGUUGAUUUUAAGACUAGGAUAGCUCAAAUUGAUUGGGCUUUUCCAAGAUUAGAUAAAUUUUCAGCUCAGACUUUUAAGUACAAGCAAUCUGUUUUUGAUGUUGUUGAUGAUCGAGACACUGCUACUUUAUUGCAAAGUGCUUUUUCUUUUGACCAUCACGAAUUUCGUGGAUUUCUUUUGGGGCCAAGGGAAUUUUACUCUGCAAGGAAUGAUUAUAUUCCGAAUGUGUUUGAAGAAAUAGUCAAAGCUGCGAGGAGCAGUGUCAUAAGACAUGAUUGUCCAAAUUACUCGACACUGGAAAUUGAUUAUGGAGAUGACUAUUUAAAGGAUUUGGAAGCGUUUGGGGAAAAGGAAGUUCUUAGGACUGAAAUUUCGAAGACUGAAAUAAUUCGUAGCAGUAAUGUGGAUGUUGAAUCUCAAUUAAAACAUCUAGAAGUUAUUUUGAUAGAAGAUUGGGUGAAGAAAUUUUCAGAAGUUGUUUCUUCAAAUGGAAGUCGAAGUUUAAAAGAAUUGGCUCGUCUUCCUGGGUUUAGAGUUCUGAAAAAAUUGAUUGAUGAAAUUGAUACAUUAGUCUCGAAUUCUGUUAUAUCAGCUGAGUCUUUGGAAUUUGUUAAUUCUUCGCCGGAGGUUGGUUUUUUGGAUACAGAAGAUUCAGGUAUAAAAGAAAAUUUUGGUAACGAAAAUAAUUUAGAAUUUAUUAAAGGAAGUCAACCUGUUAAUGAAGCGCACCUGAGUAUUUUUGACGAUGAGUGUAAUUGGUCGGAUGAAUCAGCAACAUUUUUGAAUUUUGAUCAGACCAGUGAAGUAUCUUUGGGAAACGAGAGCAAUAUGUCGGAAUUUUCAGCU